UCAACAGUCCAGUUUAUGCUUGGAUUUGGUAAACAUUGAGCGGAGUAAACAAAGUUUUUUCGUUUUUCUGUUUUGUAUUUGAAUUUGGAUUUGGAUUUGAAUUUGUAUGAAAUGCAAGUGAAGCUUUCAGCCACAUAAAAAGUUCAUUUCAAAAAUAAUGCAACAAUCAAAUUAAAAAUUUGCUCAGGCAUUUGAUGUGUCGGUAAAAUAAAAUUUAUGUUAUAAAUUGUUGAAUGAAUUGAAUGCAACGCAGCAGCGGCUUUGUAUAUAAAUUACAAAUUCAAAAAAAAAAAAAAGUUAUAAUAAUUGCAGUAAUUAAAAUUUAGCGCCCAAAAUAAUUAAUAAAAUCGAAAACUAAAUAGUACCUGCCGAGCAAUAAAAAAACGUUUCAGAAAAGCACGUGUUUCCAUACACAAAUAGUUUUCGUCGCUACGCAAAAAACGCGCAUAGAAUUAUUCACAUACCUACAAGUCUGGUGUUAACAUAAACUUACGCUGGAGGCACGUACUGUUGCAUUUCGUAAUAAUUUCGCUGGUGGACUCGAUUACAGUCACCAUCAGCACAUACCACUGAUGGCCGAAAUACCAGCGCCAACGACAGAUUACUUGCAUCGUUCUAUAGACCAAUUACGUUCGAUGAAUGAACGUGGUGUGCUCUCAUCGCUGAGUCAUUUGACCACAGCUGAUUUGCGUACAGCGCAACUUGUACACGAUUAUAAGCCAUUCAAUAUAAAUGAGUUUCGACAAAAUGUUGAACGACUCGAUUACUCCAUUAAAAAUGGUUUAGUAGGUGUAAAUUUACAACAGCAACAUCAUCAACAACAGCAACAUCUUGUUGAGCAAUUAAAUCAACAGCAGCAACAGCAACAACAACAACAACAGCAGCAGCAGCAACAAGCUCAUGAACAACAGCAACAACAACAACAGCAGCAGCAACAAGCACAUGAACAACAGCAACAACAGCAGCAACAGCAGCAUUUACAGCAACAUCAAUUAAAGCAAUCCUAUAGUCCGCCAAAUUCACCGCCUACGCCUACUAUGACAGAGCAGCCGGAACAAAAGUAUGAUCCGAAUUCUGUUAAACAAGCACGAAAUCAAAAUUCCACCUCACCGGAAGGUCGGGAAGCUAAACCCUAUAAAUGUACGCAAUGUUCGAAAACAUUUGCGAAUUCUUCUUACCUCUCCCAGCACACACGCAUACAUUUAGGCAUAAAACCAUAUCGCUGUGAGAUCUGCCAACGGAAAUUCACACAAUUGUCACACCUGCAACAGCACAUACGUACGCAUACCGGCGACAAACCAUACAAAUGUCGUCAUACAGGUUGUCCUAAAGCUUUUUCCCAACUCUCAAAUCUGCAAUCACAUUCACGUUGUCACCAAACCGACAAACCCUUCAAAUGUAAUUCUUGUUACAAAUGCUUUAGCGACGAAAUGACAUUACUGGAACACAUACCGAAGCACAAAGAUUCGAAACAUCUCAAGACGCACAUUUGUAAUUUGUGUGGCAAAUCAUAUACACAGGAAACAUAUCUGCAAAAACAUCUACAGAAACAUGCCGAAAAAGCGGAGAAGCAACAACAACGCCAUUCAAAUAAUAGCGUGCAACACCAUGUGCCAGCUGGGGGUAUUGGUCUCAAUUUACAGCGACAAGUGGUAAUGAAUGCGGCAGCAGCUGCCAAUGAUGCGAAUGCAGCAUAUUGGGCGAAAGUAGGAGCGGAAGGUGGAGCAGUCAAUGCAGCUACCUUAGCAGAAGCUAUACAGCAGCAACAACAAGCACAACAACAACAGGCACAAAAUUAUAAUUUCGCCUCGCUACAGCAACAACAACAGCAGGAGCUGCUACAACAUCAUCAGCGUUUAGUAAAUGGUGCAAGUGGUGGCGACAGUGGUAGUGGGAGCACGCCCAAUCACUCACAGAGCCCAGAUGAGGGUGAAGAUUUAGUAAUGCGUCAAACACCGCAACAUCAUUUGCAACAACAGCAACAACAAUCGCCAAAUAAUCUUGUUGUUGUAAAUAAUUCUCCUGGUAACCCAAAUUAUGACAUCAAAACCACCUCAGCCUUCACACCCAUUAACACGGGAUCACCACAUUUGAACGCUUUGGCAGCACAACAACGUCCUCCAGCAGCGGCACCGUACCUUUAUCAACAAAAUGCAGCAGCAUCUCCUUUUCCAACGCAACUGAUAUCAUUGCAUCAAAUACGUAACUAUGUACAUCAACCGGGGGCGGCAGCAGCAGCUGGAUUAUUGGCUGGCGAUCACUUGCUCGGCUUGAGCGUGGCGGCUGGCGGUGCUGGUAAAGAUAAAGGACAAUAGUAUCGAAAAAAGCAGAGAACGAAGAAGCAUAGCAACACAUGAUAAUAGAUGUAGAAUUUGAUUUUCAUACAUACGUAAGUUCAAAUUUAAGAGGUGGUAAAAUAAUAUUUUAUUUAAACGCAUUUGUAAGGUUCAAAAUUUUAGGGAUUUAGGCUUAAAGUUAGUGUAAAGAAGAAAUAUACAUAUAUUUACAUAUACAAGUAUAUACGAAAAUUUUAGGGCAUCUCAGGUUAAAUAUAGUAUA